AUGGUGAAAUCCGACGAGAGUUCAAAUGAGAGUUCAACGAGCGAGAAGGUCCCGACUAUUGUGCAGGAUGAGCUAGAUUAUCCCUCCGGCGUUCGUUUGGCUGUCAUUAUAGUGGCCUUAGUGCUUACAAUGUUUAUGGUGGCUUUGGAUAUGACUAUUGUCGCGACUGCAAUUCCACGUAUUACAGAUGAAUUUCACAGCCUUGACCAAGUGGGCUGGUACGGUUCCGCUUUCUUCCUGACAUUGGCCACUUUCCAAUCAACGUGGGGCAAACUAUACAAGUUCUGGGAUUUGAAGCUCGCCUUUCUCGCAGCAGGAAGUCUCUUUGAGAUUGGUAGUCUGAUCUGUGGUGUUGCUCCCAAUAGUACAGCUUUGAUAGUGGGUCGUGCUAUUGCGGGCUGGGGCGCUGCAGGCCUCGUUGGGGGCUGCUACACUGUGAUUGCAUUUGUGGCACCACCUUCCAAGGCGCCAAAAUAUACUGGACUAAUUGGUACUUCCUAUGCUACAGCCAGUGUGGCCGGCCCAUUACUUGGAGGAGCAUUUACUGAUGGCGCUACUUGGCGAUGGUGGCAUUUCACUCGCAAUUCUGGCCUUUUUUUUCGUCCUCCGGCCCAUGCACGGCCCGUUGCUGCGCCCUUGCGAGAAAAACUCCGACAGCUUGACCUGCUCGGGGCAGCAUUGACCAUCGGCGCUCUUGUCUGCUUUCUACUGGUCAUGCAAUGGGGCGGUAUUACUAUGCCAUGGAGCUCUGCAAAUAUUAUUGGCCUUCUAGUGGGCUUCGGUCUAUUGACUCUAGCUUUUGUGGCUAGCCAAAUGCUCCAAGGAGAGCGAGCAGCCUUAGCUCCACGUCUCAUACGCUCUCGGGUGGUGUAUGGUGUGUGCGUCUUUGUUUUUUUCCAGUCUGGGGCCAACUUUCUUUUCACGUAUUACCUCCCGAUCUACUUUCAGGCUAUUGGUGGAAUGAGCGCAGCGGCCAGUGGUGUACGGAACUUACCAUUUAUCGUGCUUUCCGCUGUAUUUGCUGCAAUAGCUGGUAUUGCUAUUACACGCUUUGGAUACUUCACAGCUUUUCUAGCUCUUGGCAGUGCUGUGUUUCUGAUAGGCUCCGGGCUUAUCUAUACACUUGAAAUCGGCAGCUCUUCUUCAAAGUACCUCGGAUAUCAGGUGCUCUUAGGUCUGGGACAGGGAUUGGCUAUUCAAAUUCCGGUCAUUGUUGGACAGGCCUUCUCCAUGAUGGAAGACAUUGCAUCUGUAACUGCGAUUGUUUUGUUUUUCCAAAUGAUGGGAGGAGCGGUAUUUAUAUCAGCCGCUGAGUCUGUAUUUUCUAACCAAUUGCUACCUGCCCUUGCAGUGUAUGCUCCGACUGUCGAUGCUGCACGAGUGCUUUCCAUCGGCGCUACUGGACUGCGCAGCGAAUUCUCAGCGGAUAUAUUACCCGGUAUUCUUCAAGCCUACAUGGUAGCUCUUCAAGAUGUAUUCCUUUUUGGGACAGUGACUGCCGCGUGUGCGUUCUUAGCCAGCUGGUUGGCACCUUUCCGAAGCAUUUUACGUGGAAACCAACUGUCCACGGCGAUGAUCGCAGCAUGA